AUGGCGCAAAACGACCCAGAUGAAAGGCUGGUCUAUCUGGCUUGCCAGCAUAUUUUCCGUGGCUCCCACUCCCACGUCCGAAGAUUAAAAGUGAUCAGGAGCUUGAUUCAAGAAAACAAGCCUUCACUCGCAGAUAUUUUGCGGGAAUAUAAUAUCGAUCGGACUAUAAAUGUCGCGAAAAGGUUGCUUGAGGAUCAAGUUUUUGACGAUACUUUGAAAGCCAAGAUACGAUUCCCGGAAUUGUUUGAUGUAUCACCAACUCAAAACGCCGAGAGAGAAGCUUCAGAGGCAGAGGCGGCGAGAAGUGAAGCAAGUGCGGUAAGGGAGAUCUCCGAAAGGGAAGCCUCUAGAGACAUCGAUAUCGUUUCUCAAGCAAAACCAGAUAAUGAGGGGGACAGGAAAACAGAGAAAUCACACUUGGGAGCAAAUUCAGAUAUCAAUAAAGGCAUUCCGUCGCUAUACCCAGUAUACAUACAGUAUCGAUGUCAACAUCUUAUCACAACCACGAUACAAAACCUACUCGAAGAGAGUUGUUUUGAGUUCGCUCAGCAGCAUUUCCCUCACAUUUUGGCAAUAAAAGGCUGGGAUUGCCCCGAGGCAGUAGAACUGACAGAAUGGACGAAGCUCAUCGCUCGACAUUCUCCACAGCCGGUGAAAGGCACAAAUAAACCAAUCGACGAAUUAUUUGGCCUUCUUCAUGAGUUACGACACUCUGCAGUCCACAGACUUCGAAAGACCGCGAAUGGUAUCGAACGACUUGCCGAAAAUGCACAGCUUUUUCUUGAAGCUUUGGAUGAUUCAUUUCGUUCAGAAAAAGUUUCCGUGCUUCGAAGGGAGCUGAAAGGCGCAAUUGAAGAGCUCAAGCGCAAUAAGGAUCUCUUAGAAGGGAAACUAAAUACACAACUCAAGAAUAUACAAAGAAAGCGAGCCGAAUUGGAUAUGUGUGAAAAAACUGCAAUCGAAUCUAUGGGUCUCGAUGAUCAACAAUGUCAGAACGAUGUCGGUGAAGAGUUGAAUGGCGCCGUUCGAAAUUUGAUGUCAAACGAAACACAAAAUGCGAAAGGGAAGGGAAAGUUGUUUUCUAUAGACCAAGGGUUGUCUCAAUCGGAAGACGAUUUCCCCGAGGCGGAUUUAACAAUAUAUAGCCGGGAACUCGACUAG